AUGACUAGCCUGGGUCCUGCCUGCUGCCUCUCAGCUCAACACUCACCAGUGUCCAGUUGGCUGCUGGCACUGGUGGGAGCCGGAAAGUUGAAGCCUGCCACUGCUGUGGCCUUUGCUGAAGUGGGUACGCCCACACCCAUCCCGACUGCAGUGCAGGGCAGGUCCCUGCCCCCCAUGAAGGGCAGCAGCAGGCACAGGCUGGACCAGCGGGCCUUCAUGGAGCAGAUGCGGGAGUGCCGGGACAAGGGCUACCUGCUCUCCCUCAAGCAGAUCGGCUCUGGCACCUUCUCCAAGGUCUACCUGGCCUGUGCCACCCAUGAGCGGAUACAGCACAACCUCAAGCUGUCCUCUGACCUGCAAGGCAAGCGUCACACCAUCGUGGCCAUCAAGAUUGUCUCCAUGGCUAAGGCCCCCAUGGAGUUCUCCCGAAAGUUCUUGCCCCGUGAGAUCUCAUCUCUCAAUGCCACCUACAAGCACCUGAGAUGCCCCAAGACAGCCCGCACCCCCCCACCCCACAUCUGCUGCCCCGCCCAGCCCUGGCCCUCCUUCCCCCGCAACCUGUGUCCAGCUGACCUUGAGACAUACCAGAACAAUCAGCGCUCCUACCUGGUGCUGGAACUGGUAGCCCGUGGGGACCUGCUGGAGCACAUCAACACCGUGUCAGACCUCCGCUGCUGCCUGGGGCUGGAGGAGGAGGAGGCCCGCAGACUGUUCUGGCAGCUGGUCAGCGCCAUGGUACACUGCCACAGUGCAGGCAUUGUGCACCGGGACCUAAAGUGUGAGAACAUCCUGCUGGAUGAUCGAGGCCUCCUAAAGCUGACAGACUUCGGCUUUGCCAGCUGUACUGGAUCGAAGAACACGCUGCUAAGCACCUUCUGCGGUUCAGUGGCCUACACGGCCCCAGAGAUCCUCAUGAGCAAGAAGUACAGUGGUGAACAGGUGGACCUGUGGAGCCUAGGCAUCAUCCUCUACGCCAUGGUGACUGGGAAGCUGCCCUUCAAGGAGCGCCAACCCCACUGCAUGCUGCAUCUGAUUCGCCAUGGCCCCACCUUUCAACCCGGCCUGUCCCCAGAGUGCCAGGAUCUGAUCCGUGGCCUGCUCCAGCCGCACCCACACGCGCGCCUCGACCUGCAGCAGGUGGCCGCGCACCGCUGGAUGCUGCCUGCCACACAUGUUUUUCUGCAACAGAAUCAGAUGGAAUGCAAGUUCCUGGUGGCUGCAGAUGUUGCGGAGCCCUGCACGGACUCCGAACCCCCAGGGCCACCCCUGCAGCUGUAG